AUGUCGCCCGAAGAGCAGCGCAAACCGCGAUUCCGCAAGGUGCAGAGCUUCAAGACGGACUACGCCCCGUGUCAGAUUAGCCAGUAUGUCUCCGAGAGGAGCGGCAUGCAGGUGAUCGUGGCCGAUCGCAAGGGUCCCAAGACCAACGGCUACUUCACCCUCGCAACCGAGAUCUUUGAUGACUCCGGCGCUCCUCACACCCUCGAGCAUUUAGUCUUCAUGGGCUCCAAAAACUACCGCUACAAGGGGCUCCUCGACAAGCUGGCCUCCCGAGCCUAUUCCGGCACAAAUGCCUGGACGGCGGUGGACCACACUGCCUACACGCUCGAAAGCGCCGGCUGGGAAGGCUUUUCUCAAAUUUUGCCCGUGUAUCUCGAACACGUCAUCUUGCCUGUUCUCACCGACGAGGCGUGCGUGACUGAGGUGCACCAUAUCGACGGCGAGGGCAACGAUGCCGGUGUUGUGUACUCGGAGAUGCAAGCCGUUCAAUUCAAGAGCGCCGAGAUCAUGGACCUUCGAGCUCGUCGCUUACUUUACCCAGAGAACGUGGGCUUCCGCUACGAGACCGGCGGCAUGACCGAGGCGUUGCGCGUCCUGACACCCGACCGCAUUCGACAGUUCCAUCGGGACAUGUACCAGCCCCGCAACCUUGCGGUAGUAAUCAUCGGCGAAGCGGACCACAGCAACCUGCUGCAGAUUCUCGACGAGUUUGAGGAGAGCAUCAAGGACGACUUACCGCCCUUGGACUCCCCCUUCAAGAGACCUUGGAUCGACUCAGCACAGCCACCUGCGCUCAAUGAAACAAUCAUCACGACGGCCGAGUUCCCUGAGGAGGACGAAUCCGUCGGCGAGAUUACCAUAGCCUUCUUCGGACCCAGCUGCACCGAUAUCAUCGAAACAUCUGCUCUCAACGUGCUGCUGACAUAUCUAUGCGGUUCGUCUGUCUCGAUCCUCGAGAACGUCAUCGUGGAGAAGGAAGAGCUCGCCAGCUCAGUCUCAUACUGGUGGGAUGCCAGGCCCAACUCUGUCAUCUGGUUCCAGCCGACUGGUGUUGAGACAGAGAAGUUGGAGUUUGUUGAGAAAAGAGUGAUUGACCUCCUGAAAGAGGUUGCAUCGAAGCCGUUGGACAUGGAGUAUCUCACCUCCUGCAUCCACCGAGAACGUUUGCAAGUCAAGUUCCAGGCCGAGGAGUCGGAGGGCUUCUACUCCAACAACAUCAUUACGGACUAUCUUUUCGGCAAACGUGAUGGCUCCACUCUCAGGGAUUUGGAGUCUCUGUCAGAGUACGAAGAGCUCGAGAAGUGGACGGAUGCUCAGUGGAGAGACUUUCUCUGCAAGUGGCUUUCUAACGCUCCCCACGUCUCCAUCCUUGGCAAGCCAUCCCAGAAGCUUGCCAAAAAGCAGAAAGAGGAUGAAGAGGCAAGACUGGCAUGGAGAAAGGAAGAGCUCGGCCCCGAAGGUCUGAGCAAUCUCAAGAAGCGCCUCGACGCUGCCAAGGCCAAGAAUGACGAGCCCAUUCCCGCCUCAGUGAUCGACCAGUGGCCCGUUCCGGGCACCGAAUCGAUUCACUUCAUCGAGUCGGAGACAGCGCGGUCCGGAAAAGCCAAGGCUCUCGGUCUCUGCAACAACACGGCGCAGAAGGUCGUCGACGACGCCAAGCAGGGACACGACCCCCUCUUUAUUCAGUUCGAGAGCGUGCCGACAAAUUUCGUUCAUCUGACUGUUUAUCUCGGCACUUCACAGGUGCCGAUCGAGCUGAAGCCUCUGCUUCCCAUCUUCAACGACAACUUCUUCAACACCCCGAUCAUGCGCGACGGACAAAAGGUCGGUUUCGAGCAGGUCGUCAUGGAGCUGGAACAGGACACCAUCAGCUAUGGUCUGCGCUCUACAAGAGACUACGGUGACCCUGACGGCGUCAUGGUCCAGUUCCAGAUUGAGCCUUCGAAGUACUCCACCGCCAUCAACUGGAUUCGAACAAUGAUGUUCGACAGCGUCUUUGACAUCCAGCGCCUCAAGGCCGGCGUCCAGAAGCACCUGGCCGAUAUUCCUGAGCUCAAGCGUGAUGGUAGAUCCAUGGCUGCAGAGGUCGACAUGUCUAUUCACAUGAAGAAAGAAUCCUACUCUGUCGCGAAGCGGGCGCUGGUCAGGGCUGUCUACCUGCGUCGCCUCAAGAAGCUCAUUGCUUCCGACCCCGACAAAGUUUUGUCAUGGUUCGAGCAGUUGCGCACAUCGCUCUUCACCUCGAACAACGUGCGUGUUCUGGUUACGGCCGACGUAGCGCGCCUUCCCGAACCCGUCGCCGCCUGGGACCUCCUCAGCACUAAUCUCAAGGGAUCUGACGAGCUAAUCCCCAUCAUCAAACCGCACACGCUUCUUACGGAGGAGGGACAGAAGCCCGGCACUGUCGGUGCCGUCAUCGUCCCCAUGACCACAGCAGACAGCUCCUACGGCAUCAGCACCGCCAAGGGCAUUACGUCUUUUGAGGACCCGCGUCUGCCCGCCAUCAUGGUGGCGAUUGGGUACCUCGAGACGACCGAAGGCCCCCUUUGGAACUCUGUCCGCGGCCAGGGUCUGGCCUACGGCUCGUACUUUGGCCGAGAGCUCGAUACAGGCACGAUUCAAUACAAGGUGUACCGCUCGCCAGACGUGAGCAAAGCAUUUGCGGCGUCGCGCGAGACGAUUCGCAAAAUUGCUGAGGGUGAGGCCGAAAUUGACCGCCAUCUGAAGGAAGGCGCUAUCAGUCAGGUCGUUGUCCAGUUCGCCGAUGAGCAGUCGACGAUGGCGUCGGCGGCGGCCCAGAACUUCAUGCUCGGCGUUGUUCGCAGUCUGCCGCUUGACUGGCACAAAAAGAUCAUGCGAGACGUUCGCGACGUGACCAACCAGCAGAUCAAGACGGUGCUGAAGGAGCUUAUUAUGCCGCUUUUUGAGCCAGGCAAGAACAAUAUUGUCGUUACAUGUGCUCCAAUUCUGCAAGAGAACAUUGAAAAGUCUUUCAAGGAGAUGGGUUACAAGACGGAUGUGCAGCAGCUCGCUCAUUUCCACGAUGAUUAUGGCCUGAAGGGCGAAGAUGACGAAGAGGAGAUUGAAGACGACGAGGACGAAGAGGACGAAGAGGACGAGGACGACAGCGAGGGCGACGAUUUCAGUGACGAAGACUCGGAUUAA